ACUCCUUGGAAAAAACCCCCCCCUCAUCGUUGUCGAUUCGGAAACAAAUACUGCUUAUGAGAUAUCCAUCCUGCGGCUGCGACUCUCCAACCAAGAUCCUGCAGUUUUGCUGUUCCUGACCGUUCACCACGUUCCGCGGGCGUGACGUGUUUUAUCCCCGCCCACCCCGCUCCAACCAUAACCAUGGCAGAUAAUCAUCAGCCUGGUGGUAAUGGCCACGACCACUCGACGGCGGUUCCGGCCAUUGCAUCGCAGCAGUUGAGCACGGAUUCGCGGUCUCCGUCAACGAGAGGUCAAUCCCUGCGCUUGAACCACCACAUUUCGACGCCGAGCCACCAGCGCGGCCAGAGCUUCAGUGAGAGCUUACGCGCAGUUCCGGGAUCUCCGCGUUCGCGCCGACAACCAUCCCUGACACAAGCUGCGAUCCAGAGCCUUAUUGAUAAUCCGCCUGCCCGAAACCCAGCUGACCCCGCGUUUGCGGGUCGUGACUGGCGUCAUAUCUCGAUCGGGGAGCUGGUGAGGCCCGACGAUUUGAAAUUCGUCGAAGUUGAUACGGGGAUUGAAGAAGCAACAAAUAUUUUGAUCGAGACUGGUGCCCCAGUGCUCCUGAUCCGGGAAACACCGCAGGAUACAGCGGCGGUGGGUACCUUUGACUACUCCGAUCUGAACGCAUAUCUUCUUUUGGCGGCGGGUAUUACACAGCCCGACGAAGAGCAUAUUACGUCCUUUCAGGAGCUGGCGAAGAAGGCCCGGGAAGGGAGUAAGAUCCCACUGAAAGAUGUCAAGGGUCUGGGUAAAAAGGAGCCUUUCACUACGCUCUCUGCCUCGGAAAAUGUGAUGACGGCGGUUAAACUCUUUGGAGGGGGUAUACACCGGAUUGUGGUGGUCAAGGAGGAGAACGAGCGCGAAGUGGUGGGCAUCUUUAGCCAGACCAGACUCGUCAAGUUCCUGUGGGAGAAUGGGCGCAGUUUCCCAGUCAUCGACCAGCUGUACCCGCAGCAGCUACGAGAACUGCGAAUUGGAUCGGGUAAUGUGAUAUCGAUCAAUGGGGACAAGCCACUUUCCGAAGCCCUGCAGCUCAUGAACAACGAGGGCAUCUCUUCAAUCGCUGUCGUCGAUAACCAUACCAAUGUGAUUGGUAACAUUUCUACUGUGGAUGUCAAGCUUUUGACACGGUCGACAUCGCUUCCUCUUCUCCACAACACCUGCAUUCACUUCAUCUCCGUAAUCCUCUCCACGCGCGGCCUUGUUGAAGGCAAGGAUUCUUUUCCGGUUUUCCACAUCAACCCCACUUCAACGCUGGCGCACACGAUUGCGAAAGUGGUUGCGACCAAAUCACACCGUCUGUGGGUGACGGAUCCCAUGUCACCCUCCUCGUCCGGCCCACCGACUCCAUCACACUCGGCCGUGCACCUCCCGCUGGCGGCGCCUGCGACGCAGACCGGACCAACCCAUGCGGCGAGCACUGUGACCCCGACUCCUCACGGAAUGGCGCCCUCGAUCCCAGCCUCUGCGUUGCCGGGAUCACGACUCUCUGGGCACUUGGUGGGCGUGGUCAGCCUUACGGACAUGCUGAACCUGUACGCGCGGGCGAGUGGGCUAAGCCCUGCUGAUCCUGCGGAGACACGCAGUCGGCGGCGGCGAAGCAGCAGUUCGAGCGUGAGCGUGCGGCGCAGCGGGGAGAUUGGACGGGAGUUGUUUAGUCGCGGGGUUUGACCGGCCGUCAUCUUCGUGUUUGAAAGCUCGGUAUUUUUCCGAGAGUCAGGAUCCGUAGAUCCAGAUUAGGUGCCCUAGGUAUUUCAUAUCA